AUGGCAGCUCCCACAGAUCAACGCAUCGCGGUGCCUAUCGACGACCCAAACGCCGAUACCGAGUGGAAUGAAAUUCUGCGCAAACAUGGCGUCAUCCCUGAGAAGCCCCCUUCUCCCACCCCCAUGAUCGAGGAGGCCAUCCUGGAGGGCCGAAGGAUAGCGCACGAGAACAGAUUGGAGGGCAAGGACCUGGACGAGCUCGACGAGCUGGAAGACCUCGAGGACGAGGCAUUCCUGGAUUCGUACAGGCAGAAGCGCAUGCAGGAGCUCAACAACUUGACCAAGAAGUCCAUACAUGGCGCCGUCUACCCGCUUUCCAAGCCCGAGUACCAGCGCGAGGUCACGGAAGCCUCCAACAACGGCCCCGUCUUUGUCAACCUUACAUCGCCGUUGGGCACCAAUGUCGAGUCCAGAGUGCUGUCCGAGCUCUGGCGGCAGGCAGCGAAGGAGUAUGGUGAUGUCAAGUUCUGUGAGAUACGGGCCGACAAGGCUAUCGAAGGCUACCCGGACCGCAACUGCCCAACGAUCCUGGUCUACAAGAACGGGGACAUUGUGAAGCAGAUCGUCACUCUCGUCACCAUAGGUGGCGCCCGUGUCAACAUGAUGGAGAUCGACAAUUUGCUGGUCGAAGUCGGAGCGGUUGGCGAGAAGGACAUGCGGGUCGUGAAGAGGAAGCGGGAUGCAGAAGAUGCAAGGGAGGAGGCGUUGAUGGGCAAGGGCAUCAAGAGCGGCAACUUGCGACAUGCUACCGUGAACGAUGACGACGACGACGACGAUUGGGAUUGA